ACGACAAGAUGGGAAGAGAAAGAGAUUUCUUGAUCAGACUGCUGUGAAUUUCAUCUUGUUUUCUGUGGGAUGUAAAGCUCGCACAUCAGUGAAAAUAAGGGGAAAUCAUCUAAAAAUUAACACUCUCAUAGGAUGUAUGUAUGAAUGUUGUGAGAGAUUCGCCUAAGGACUACAAAUGGCUGUAAGCUACGAGACGGAUUCGCUGGUCGCCGGGCCGGUCGCGCAGUACGAGACGUUGUGGCUUUCCGAGUUCUUCCACUCUUUUCCUCAUGUGAAUUUAUCAUUUAAAUUAAUAAACUCCACAUUUGAUCCAUUUGCCACAAGUUAUCAAGAGAGUGUAAUCUUCAUUGCCAGUUUACCGGUAAUAUGGAUGCUUUUAACCCUCAUCGCUCUGACGGCAUACUUCUGUUAUCGAUGUUGCCAACCGACAGAAACCCUGAACAUCAAAGGGAAAAAGAAGCCAACUUGCCUCGUAUGGACAAUCGCUGUCUUCACAGUUAUAACCUGUGCUGCGAUAGGCGUUGGCUUCUUUGGCAACGAAGAGAUGAAGAAAGGGACUCAAACAUUUAUCAACGCUGCAGAGUCGGCUAACGAGCGCUUCAAGGACACAGAAGUCAACGUGGAUGGCCUAAGUAAAGUGCUAAACGACACGUCAAAGAAAGGCAUUUUAGCAAUAGAAACUGAAAUAAACGAUCUAGAUAAUGUAGACAAUAUCACUGCCAGAGACAUAUUAUUAGAAUAUACUCGAAGGACAAUGUCAUAUGUGAAUGAGAUUCAGGCAGCGGCAGAUAAGAUAUUGGAAACAUCAAAAGUUAAUAUAUCAAAGGUCAUCGACACAACAGAGGAAGCAUCAUUUUAUAGAUGGGUGUCCACCAUUGGGCUGAUGAGUCUCCUUGUUGUAGUGUGUUUACUGUUUCUAUUGGCAGUUGCUAAGGCAUCAAAGUGCCUCAUUAUAUUUUGCACAUGCCUGACCGUGUUUUGUUUAGUGCUGGUAUGGACAGUCACAGGAGCUUACUUAGGAUUCUCAAUGGCUGUCGGUGACUUCUGUCAUGACCCAGACACAGCUGUGGAGCGGGAGGCAGGAGGUCGAGUAAAUCCAGUCAUCCUUCACUACUACAUGAACUGUAGUCAAGAUAUUUCAAAUCCGUUUAGUAAGGAUAUAUCUCAAGCAUCUGAAAGUAUCACCAAGAUUAACCUCGAGAUGGAGAAACUCAAGGGAAUCGUUAGAAGUUCAAAAAUAUUCAAAUAUAGAAUCAUAAAAAAUGGUCACCAAGCUAUUGGUCGCGAGAUGAAGAAGGUGCCUCCAUUCCUCCAGCAUCUAACUGUGUUUGCAGACUGCCAGAUAUUGCACAAAGACUACGUUCGUGCAUUGGAGGGAAUAUGCCACACUGGAAUGGCUGGAGUUGCGUUCAUCUUACUAGCUGGUGCUGUCAUAGGAAUUAUAUUCACCAUAAUCAUAAUCCUUGCCUCGAGGGCGUGGAGGCACUUUGGAAAGAACGCCUCCGACCCAGUUGAAGAUAACUCAGUCCGACCAAGCGCAAUGCACUACAACGCAAGUUACAUUCUUACAAACGGGAAAGAGUAUAACACGAUAGACGAGGAUGAUCCCUUCAUCCCCCGAGCACAGAAUUCUCCAUCGUAUCACAGGUAUGGCUCGCUGAAUGAUAUUGUGUCUGGCUAUCCCAGCUAUGCACAUGCUUCUCCGGAUCAAACUUCCUCGACGACCAAUACGUUUCCUUUACACCGUAGCGGCAUAAGUGGCGGUCGGUUCUCUCCUCCCUCCCUGCGGAUGCCCGGUUCAACGCGGCACACCGGGCCGGAGCAUCUUCCCCUGCAAGGGAGACAGACCCCACCACCAGCGUUUGAAGACAAAGACUCACAGCUUUUCCCUAACAACACCUACGAUAGGUACGUGGAUUAUGAUUUCGGUAGCUCGACCAUCAUAGAACAGGGAUACAAUUCUCCGUAUUCAAGUCACCAGUUCAACUCCUGCAAUUCUCCGUACUCGGCCCACCAGUUCAACGCCAACAAGUAUGGGGAUUUCUAUGAGGACUACAAUUACACCGCCGGCAUUGGGACCGGACUCGGAACUAAUUCUCGAAGCCGACGGGACCCUAAUGCACCCGUACAGGUUUGAAUACUUGGGUGCCCUAUAGACAGUGGAUAAUGGGCAACGACGGGGAUGCGGGAACCAACUGGAUGCGGAUAUGACAAAGCUUGGAAUAAACAUGAAAAUGUUUCAAGCUUGACAAGGCCACCUGGUGGUGUUCUGCGGAGGAAACUAUUCGGGGAUCGAGAUGGUUGAGCGGCAAUACUUGAAUUCGGACAAUAUUCAGAGUUAACCCUUCCCAGACUGAAAAAUAUGGAGUCAAUUUUAAAAACCCAAAUUGAAGGAUGAUUGUGCCCAUAUGUACCUCUAGCUGCUGUGAAAUUCACAGUUGAUGCGGCCAUUUGAGAUUGGAGACUCCAGAGUGUUGCCAGUGAUUUCUUGGCAACUUCAGUUGUUUGAGAAAGAAAAGUCUAAAGGUUUGGGUGUUUACAUCAGGUCACGCCAAUACAUCCAGUGAGCUUCAGUCAGGGAAGAGUUAAGUGCAUUGAAGACUGCAGUGAAUGUAGAGCGUACAGAUCCAUGUAUAUGCAUGGCUGCCUGGAGUCUUCAUCUGGACUGUAUGUGUACCGAAAUUGGGGAAUAUUCAUAUCUGUAACUCUGAUUAAAUUCAAAGAUGCCAGAAAUCAAAGCGUCUUUGUUUGCUUGUGACUGCACAUUGUUCUUAAUUCUGAAUCGAGUUGAUGCAUCGGUGCAUUACGUCAGACUUUCAUCCAUCCUCGGAGCAGGUUUUUGCUAUACUCUUACCUCGUUUGAAAUACCGAGAGGGGGUGUAUAUUGAAAAUCACUGGUCACGUCCGGGUGACUUUCAGAUUGCAGGCAUGCAAAAAUGAGGCAAGUGUAGUAGAAUUGCUGAAUUGGGAUUGUAUUCUGCCAAAUGUGGCUGAAUUCAGUCCACGUGCCAAACCCAACAGACUUUGUCAAGUUUAUGAUCACUUUUGUGUGAUUGCCUCCGGUAUUCAAGAUGGCCUGACACCGCCAAAAUUUCCCCAACAACAUAUUGUAUAAGUUUAAUUAGGGGUACAUUUGAUAAAAGAGAGAAUCCUAUUUCAGGGGGUAUCAUAUAAUCUUGUGACAACCGUAGCAACAAGCAAUUUUUGUCGCUAUGACGUUGGAUCAUGAUCAUAUGCAACAAAUAUUGCUUAUUUGCAAUGGUCUUUGGAUUUCCCUGCAACAAGAAUGGGUGAUGGGUGAUAGAUUUGGCAAAGAGAAUACACCGAUGUCAUAGCUUCUUGUUGUCAAAAGAUAGGCUGUCAAACAUUAGGAUUAACAUACCCGAUAUACAUGUAAAGAUCUAGAUCUAAUUCGAAAGGGGUCACACUCAACAUUUUCAUAGACAUAAAGUCCUUAUGAUUGGUCUAUAUUAUAGUGAUGGAAUGAUGUUCCUCAGUACAGAGGACUGACCCACUUGAAAUUAAUCUUUCAUUUUGCCAGUGAUAUUGAUGGUUGAUAAGUUUGAUGUUUCUAAGAUCGCCCCGCGCCGUCUCAUUUGGUUGAGUCUCAACACUAAGUACCUCCAGCCUCUAUUGAUACAUGUAUAUCGAAUAGAAUAGAGUGCUGUUGCUUGCCGGGACAAGCUAGGGUGACAAUGAUUGCUUUAAGCCAGUAUCAGUGGUUGGUCGUCAGAGAUUGAGGAGUAAAUUGUGCUGUUGGAUGUUCCUUCUGGUCGAAGUGUCAAGGUCAUUUUUGUUUUGAAUACGCUUUUAUACCGAGAAAUGAAUGUUCAAUUUCAAUUUCAUGUAAUCGGAUGAUCCUGUGUUUCAAUUUCACAAUUAUAGUUUUCACAAUGCAGGGCUUAAAUAGGCUGAAGGAAUGCAUGUUUUGUUUCUUGUCUUAUAAUCUUCGUGUAAACAUCUGGGUGGGAGGACCCUCCCAAGAUGUCCUUUUAUAAAAUAUCCAGGUUGGAUCAACUGAGAUUUUUUUGUACACAUAUAUUAUCUUUGAAACUGUACAGUAAUCUUAUGUUCUUUAGAUUGAAGCAGUGUAAAUUAAUUUAAACGAAAAAGUGGCCGAUUUGUAAUGCCACUUUCUACAAUACAUGUAACUGUGUUGCAUUGAGCCAUAAGGGGGGUCAAUCUAUUAAGGCCACCUGUUUUGAAUUUGUUGGUUUAUGGGAAUGAGUUACCAAUAGUUAUGGGCUGUGGUCAAAAUAAAUGUUAUUUCUAUUUUAAAAUAGAAGACAAAAAUCGAUAUGUACAUGUGUAUCCAGACCAUCUUUGAAGUAGUUUAUUUGUACUCUAAUCCUAGAUGUAUGUAAAAAUGCUUUAAUUGUGAGUUUGAAGAUUUAAAUCCGAUUUAUAUAUUUCCCAACCUCGUUGUGCUUUCGAUGUCCCAAAUUCUGGGUCGACUCCCCGUAAACCAAGAAAUAGGAAACAUGUCGCCUUAAGUGUGGAAACUUGCAGUGCAAGAGUAUUAUGGCACAGGAAUCUCAAUCGAAUCGUCAGUGUUUAACGUGUAGUUCUGUGUUAGAUCUUGUACGGAAGCUAUCCAUUCAAAACGUUGAUCUGAGACUAAUUACCACAGUGGUGCAUUUUAGCUGCGAACUUUUCAUUUCAUAAAUUUUAUUUUAACAACAUUCUGAUUAAAAGGAGAUUUGGAUUUUAAUUUUCACUGGAACAGUAGAACUGUGUAUAACAUUUUCAUGUAGGGGCAGUCAUAUUCAUGUACACGCGUAUGGUUAUUUGUAAUUCAUGUCUUUAGCUUGAAAUGUGAAAGUUUCAAAAGUUAAACUUUGUCAUGUUUGUCAAUCAGCGGAUUGAUUAAUAUCUUUUUGACAUGUACACGUAAUUAGGGAGAAGAUUUUAAUAUAUUUACAAUUUUUAUUUCACGAUAUACAUGUAUAUAGCUUAUGAACUUAUCGAACAUACGUGUAGUGUAAAAUCUCUUGUUACAGACGUAUUUGGGAAUCUGGAGGCUGGAUUUGUUUUUGUGUAACAUAAUUUUUGCCAUGCACCAAAAAUGUAUUGGUUUGUUUUGAAAAAUAGUGUUUUCAUGGUUAAUAUGAUGUAAAGGUACUUCGUACUUUGUACGUGGUGUACCUUUUAUGUUCACGUACUGUAAAACCAUGAAAUGUUUGCAAAGCUGAAAGUUGGCGAAUUUCCUCUGUUGGUAAUAGACUAAAUAUUGCAUUUCUAAUGCAUUUCUAAUUGCAUGCCAAUUAAAAAUGAGAAAAUUCGUCAGCUCAUGGUAGUACUGUGAACAUUUCACAGUUUACGAUAUUUGAACAGUUUUUGGAUAUCAAACAUACCACAUGUAGGUGAGCUGAGCAAACAAAAUAGUUACGGACUCACCGUAAACGUAAUUUCUACUUAUUGUUAUUCUUGAAAUGCAUGUAAACUUUGUAUUAUCACAGAUGUUGCAUUUGGGAAGGUGGAGAUAAAAUGUGUUCAUAACUUUCUUAUGUACAAUGUACUACAUGUAUCUUCAGAGUUCAAAUAAAACUGAAUUUUAGAGUCAAGUCUGGCGUAGAUUGAAAUUACACAUUGUAAAUUUCUGAUGACAAAUAUGUAAGUUUCAUGCGUAUGCGACAAGUGCUAUUUGAGUUACGAGCCAAAAACUGAAAAAUGUUUGUUUAACGUCACAUGUUGAUGUCACAGACGGCAUUCUCCGCGACACAACACACUAAAGUAAAACUGAUGUCAUGACUUGAGUUUGACAAAAGUUGUACUCUUUUUAGUCUUUUGCUUUUAACUCAGUUAGUAUUUGACGCACAGCUGUAAGAGUUACAGGUUCACGAUCUACGUGAAAUUUCAAAUCGAUAUCGCUGAUAACUUGCUGAAUCGAAAACGUUUUAUUUGAGCUUUGAUAUUAUGGUAGACUUGCUUAUAUAGAGCUUUUGUAAACUUCGCAGAGAAGGUGACUUAUGCGGCCACAAAAUUUGUAGCAUAUGAACUGAAUAAUUAUCUAAAAUAUGUUAUUUUGAUAUACGUGUAAUCAAGAUGAGUAAUUAUCGAGAAAUAACUAUUGUUAUAUUGUCUUGGAAAUCAGUCUGUUUGCAUAGCCUCAUAUCGUCACAAAUUCAUAAAGACUAGUCUUUAUCAAUUUUUGAUAUUGUGCAAGCUUUACUUUUGUGACCACUACCUCUUUCAUAUGUCAUGGGCCUAGUCCAAUUUUUCUCAAGAAUCUGCAUUUUGAUCGAGAAUUUUCCUUGAAACUGUUUGGGAAUCUGAAACUUGUGCAGUUGAUCCAAAAACUCCCUUUUAUGUUCUCAUCAAUUUCUUGACCUAUUCCUGUUAAUGGAGGAUUCUGUUGUGAUGUCCCGAGAUGAGUUCCGAGUGACGUCGCGUCACACAGAAUGAUGACGUCGCAUAAGUUUUGAUGACAUGAUAUCACUCUAUCUUGGAAUGUCAAAACAGACCUCUAAGAAAAUAGACAUGAGCUUGACGGGAACGAGAGGGAAAGUUUCAUGAUCACCUGUAUACAAAAGUGGGGAAAUUAAUCAGUUGGGGAUGUGGCGAGAGAGUGUUCUUGUCUUUGAUUAUGCGGGCCAUGGCGUUUGGUCCGAUUUGAUCUCUGUUCGUCCGUUCUGUACACACUGUGUUGUCUUGAGAGAAAGCUUCAAAUGUGGAUAUCCCACUUGCCUUCGCUUCACUAUUUAUUCAACUCGAUGUGCAGAACCUUAUGCCAUGUUCCUAAUUGUAACUUUUGUAUUAAGUUGACCCAGAUAUUUGCAUUUUUCAUGGGUGGCUGAGCUAUCAAAAAUGAACGGUAGACAUUUUCCUGCUUGGAAAAUAGCACAAAAUUAACAAAAUAUUGAGAGGGCCAUGGCAAGACACUUUUCGUACUGAAAACAUUGUGCUGCUGUUGGAUGGGUUUCGUUGUUUUCUAAGCAAGAUUGAAAACUACUUAUUUUUUUUUGAAAAUAGCUUUCGAGUGGCGUUUUCCAUAUGAAACCUCUGGGGGGAAACAGGGAAGAAAACAAAAUUGUCAAUUAUUAGAGAAUUUAAAAAGAAAUUUACAGAGGUGAGUGCAGAUAGAUGUCUUGCCAUAGCACUCUCAUCUGUACAUACUACAUAGUACAUAUUUCUCUGUACAUAUAAAGUGUUGUCAUAUGGUUCCAUGAUGGGAGGAAAUUUCUUCAUCCCUUUGUUUCUUUGUAACUUAACCAUUAACUACUAGCGCAAUUCAAAAAGGUAACUUCUAGAGUCAUUGUUUACAAGGAUUUAUCUUAAAUGAAUUUCACAAAACUUGUGUUUUAGACUGAUAAGGCUUGAUCAUGCCAAAAUAGAACUAAGUUGAUCAUAUUAAAGUUAUGACAAGUGCAAGUUGCUAAAGCUGGCUCAUUAAUAGAAAGAGUAAAGGAGGUACAGGAAUAUCAAGUUGUUUUGAUUGGAAUCAAAUCAAUAGCCUUGAUUGGGAUCCCAGAGUCAAUGCAACAUAAUUUUUCUGUACUUCUUUCUUUCAUAUUGAAUUUAGACAACACAUUCAUAAUAUAUUUUCUGCCAUUCAAAUGUUUGUGAAAUGGUUAAACUGGAUUGAAAAUAGUUGAUAGAGGAAUAACAAAAUAGUUUCAGUAUACAGAUUAUGACAGAUUUGUUUGGAUUUUUGGCCUAUUUAGAAUUGAACUGUAGUGAAUCGUAUCAUUCAUUUUGAAUUGGGCUUGUGCAUUUUGUGAGAUGUGGUAACCAGCCCAUUGUAACUGUGGCCCAGUCGGCUAAGUGUUUAAAUACGGCGCACCCGAGCGACGAAAUUGUAGGCAACUGUUGGAGUAACAAAAAAUAUGCAACGUUAACGAAAGAAGUAUAAUUGCACAAUGUUGCGCAAAAAGGCAAUAAUGAAACAAAUUAAAGCAUCACGUUUUCUCACAUUUGAUUUAAAUGACAACAAACAUAAAGGAAAUUAUUCAUUGCUCCGACUGUCCCCUGGUCUAGUUGACCGUGUGCGUCGUACUUUCAUCACAACUAUCUUCUGAUUUUUCGUCAUUUGUGGACGCCUCCUAGUUCAUAGUCUUUGAAGUUUUUUGCCAGAUUUGUAUAGUAAUUGCUGGUGGCUAUUUCAAGCUACUGUGUAUGUAAUUGUCAUUAAUAAACAAGAAUUAUAAUAGUAUUUUUCAUUUUGAUCAUUUUGAACAUUUGUUUUCGCUUGUUGGAAUUUUUUGUAUGAUUUGUAUGAUUUUCUAAUCAUGGAAAGAAGUCAGUUAUCAUUAUGUUCCAAGGCCAUUGUGGCUUAUAUGAGUGAUACAGCUGGUAGCAUUGUUGCUAGCUUGUGACAUGCAGGGUGUCCCGAAAAAAACCAAGUACCAAGUCAAAAUUCACACAACUCGGGGCUUUGUUGUUCAAAGGCAAGAAACUUCCGAUAUCUGUGCGUUUAUGUAUCCAGAAAGAUGUUAUCUCUUUCAGUCGAUCCAUUUAAAAAUGGUCACAUUAGCACAAACAACUCUGGUCACGCUAAUAUAGUUUUUAACAACCCAGUCCUGAAUUGCUAUCUAGCAGCUGAUCAGAUCGGAAGCUAGUCAUCGUUAACCCUUUUGCUGUGGGUGACGUACAUAGCAUGUCCGGAGGUGCAGAUGAUGUUUGUUCUGUUGGUCAUCACAGGUGCCUGCGACAGGAAUCGAUGAUUGCAACGUCUAGCAAAAUUAGUAAUGCAUAAGCGAAAUUGCGUGUAAAUAAAAUAAUCUUGUCCGCGAUGGUACACCAUCUUUCUGUUACACCCUCUAGUGACAACUGCCAUUAAACUCGGGCAGAUGGAAAUUUUCAUCAUCAUUUCUGUGCCGUAUAGAUAAAAUAUCACAGAUCACAUCAUUUCUGAAAUGGGACAGUUUGAAAUCUUGCCCAUUUGAAAUAAUUAUUAAAAAUAUGUUGGAAUAAGAAAGAUGAAACAUAGAAAUAAUAAGCAAGUAACCUGCACUGACAAUAGCCAAAACAAUGCUAAUUUCACCUCAUCACCAGUCCUGUAUCACAGAAUAUUUUUUAUAUAUUUUCCAUUUCUACAUUGUGAUAACUUCCUUUCUUAAAGUAUAUUAUAUUCAAAAAUGUCUAAAAUUAUCGUCAGAAUGAAUAAACAAUGUUCAAAAUCAA